ACAGCUAGGUAAUCCAGUCUGAUCGCUGGUCGUCUGGCAAGAACAGGACUUAAAGAGAAGCAAGGCACCCAAAUCCGCUCGCUUAACUUAACACUGACAAAAUGAAAGCAAUAAGCCCCGUGCGGUCCUUCCGGAAAAACAACGCGAAUUUAUCAGAGCACUCCUUGGGAAUCUCUCGGAGCAAGACCCCGGUGGAUGACCCGCUCAGCCUGCUGUACAACAUGAACGACUGCUACUCCAAGCUGAAGGAGCUGGUGCCCAGCAUCCCCCAGAACAAGAACGUCAGCAAGAUGGAAAUCCUGCAGCAUGUCAUCGACUACAUCCUGGACCUGCAGAUUGCGCUGGACUCCAGUGUCGCACUAACCAGCCUGCAUCACCCUGCGCGGCCGGGGCAGACUCCAUCCCGGACCCCCCUGACCACCCUCAACACAGAUAUCAGCAUCUUGUCAUUACAGUCCCCGGAGUUGCCAUCAGAGCUGAUGACAGAUGACAGCCGGACUCUGCAUCGUUAAAGCGGUGUUUGGUCAAGACGCAAAAACACACAGACACACACACACAUACACACACAUACACAGGACCUGGGGAGCAGGACUUUCCCCCCUCCCUCCAAGCCUCUGUCCUCCAGGCCUGGAUUUUUUUUUUCUUUUUCUUCUGACGCUGAAAUCAAGAGACUUUUGCUUAUUAUGGGACAAUCUUAUGUGAUGUGUUUUCUGUUUGGACACUUCGUUAUUAUUUAACUUAAGACUAUUUUUUUUUUUUUUUUUAUUUGUGGGUCCUUUCUGGAAAUGGAAGGCGCGUUAUAUUCCCGACAGCGGGAGGAAAAACGAGAUUAUUGUCACAAGGAUUAUUACCCACCCUCUCACCCUCCCUGUCCCUCUCCUUGUUGAAGUCUUCGCUUUUUUUGCGGAGGUGGGAACGUGAAUAGAGCAGACAACUUGGUUAGUUACUGUAAAAAAACAAAAAACGACAAAAACAACAAAAAAAAAAGUUUAGUCUUGUCUUGUCAGAAUUGUUGGCACAUGAAGGACUGGACGUGGUUUAAAAAAAACAAAGGUAAAAAUGAAAGAAUGAAACCUUGUGAACUCUCAUCGGGAGUUUAUCUUGUAUAGUUGCAGGAAUUUGAAACUUCUGCAAAAGUGUAAUGUUGUACUUAAUUAUGCUGAAACUUUUUAUAAAAGUAAUGUAAAUUGUACCUUUUUUAUACAAAAUAAAUCAAAAACGCAA